CUGGAGCCGGCCAGGGUGCACAUAGGCGGGCUGGAGCCGGCCAGGGUGCACAUAGGCGGGCUGGAGCCGGCCAGGGUGCACAUAGGCGGGCUGGAGGAAGCCAGGAGGAAGCCAGGUGUCACUAUUUACAACUCUGGCCUUCAAGGAUGCUUCUUCUGCCACCUGAAGGAUUGGGAAUAAACGUGCCUUUUGUCAUCCACCAUCAUAUCCAACAUGGAGAUCACCCUCCCAUCCAACAUGGAGAUCACCCUCCAAUCCAACAUGGAGAUCACCCUCCAAUCCAACAUGGAGAUCACCCUCUAAUCCAACAUGGAGAUCACCCUCCAAUCCAACAUGGAGAUCACCCUCCAAUCCAACAUGGAGAUCACCCUCCAAUCCAACAUGGAGAUCACCCUCCAAUCCAACAUGGAGAUCACCCUCCAAUCCAACAUGGAGAUCACCCUCCAAUCCAACAUGGAGAUCACCCUCUAAUCCAACAUGGAGAUCACCCUCCAAUCCAACAUGGAGAUCACCCUCCAAUCCAACAUGGAGAUCACCCUCCAAUCCAACAUGGAGAUCACCCUCUAAUCCAACAUGGAGAUCACCCUCCAAUCCAACAUGGAGAUCACCCUCCAAUCCAACAUGGAGAUCACCCUCCAAUCCAACUUCAAACCUCAUCAAGAGGGCUGGUCCAAUAA